GGGAGCGGGAGAGAAGACCUCGGGACGGCUCCUGGGGAGUCUCCGGGUCCUUGGGUCCCCGUGCAAACCCAGAGCAGCUCCAGUGCCCGGGGCGGCGGGCUCAGGAUGCGGCCAGGACGGACAGGCGGCACACUGCUGCGGCUGGUGUUAGUGCUCAGUCAAGGCAUUUUAAACUGCUGUGUGGCGUACAAUGUUGGUCUCCCGGAAGCAAAGAUAUUUUCUGGUCCUUCAAGUGAACAGUUUGGCUAUGCAGUGCAGCAGUUCAUAAAUCCAGAAGGCAACUGGUUACUGGUUGGUUCACCAUGGAGUGGCUUUCCUGAGAACCGAAUGGGAGAUGUGUAUAAAUGUCCUGUUGAUCUAUCCACCACUACAUGUGAAAAACUGAAUUUGCAAACUUCCACGAGCAUUUCCAAUGUUACUGAGAUGAAAACCAACAUGAGCCUUGGCUUGACACUGACAAGGAAUGUGGGAACAGGAGGAUUUCUUACCUGUGGUCCCCUGUGGGCACAGCAGUGUGGAAGUCAGUUUUACACAACCGGGUUAUGCUCUGAUGUCAGUCCCAAUUUUCAGCUCCUGACCAGCUUUUCACCUGCAGUUCAGACCUGCCCAUCCCUCAUAGAUGUUGUGGUUGUAUGUGAUGAAUCAAACAGUAUUUAUCCCUGGGAUGCAGUAAAGAACUUUUUGGAAAAAUUUGUGCAAGGCCUGGAUAUAGGCCCCACAAAGACACAGGUGGGGUUAAUUCAAUAUGCCAAUUAUCCAAGAGUUGUGUUUAACCUGAACACUUUUAAAACCAAAGAUGAAAUGAUUAAAGCAACAUCCCAGACAUCCCAGUAUGGUGGAGACCUCACAAAUACAUUCAAAGCAAUUCAAUAUGCAAGAGAUUCUGCUUAUUCAGCAGCUGCUGGUGGACGACCAGGUGCUACCAAAGUCAUGGUGGUUGUAACUGAUGGUGAAUCCCAUGAUGGUUCAAUGUUGAAAGCCGUAAUUGAUCAAUGUAACAAUGACAAUAUACUGAGGUUUGGCAUAGCAGUUCUUGGGUACUUAAACAGAAAUGCCCUUGAUACUAAAAAUUUAAUAAAAGAAAUUAAAGCAAUUGCCAGUAUUCCAACAGAAAGAUACUUUUUCAAUGUUUCUGAUGAAGCAGCUCUGCUAGAAAAGGCUGGGACAUUAGGAGAACAAAUUUUCAGCAUUGAAGGUACUGUUCAAGGAGGAGACAACUUCCAAAUGGAAAUGUCACAAGUGGGAUUCAGCGCAGAUUACUCUCCUCAAAAUGAUAUUCUGAUGCUGGGUGCAGUAGGAGCUUAUGACUGGAGUGGGACUGUUGUCCAGCAGACACCUCAUGGACAUUUGAUCUUUCCUAAACAAGCCUUUGACCAAAUUCUGCAAGACAGAAAUCACAGUUCAUAUUUAGGUUACUCUGUGGCUUCAAUUUCUACUGGAAAAAGUGUCCACUUUGUUGCUGGAGCUCCUCGGGCAAAUUAUACCGGCCAGAUAGUGCUGUACAGUGUUAAUGAGAGCGGCAAUAUCACAGUUAUUCAGUCUCACAGAGGUGACCAGAUUGGCUCCUAUUUUGGUAGUGUGCUGUGUGCAGUCGAUGUGGACAAAGACACCAUUACAGAUGUGCUCUUGGUAGGUGCGCCAAUGUACAUGAAUGACCUAAAGAAAGAGGAAGGAAGAGUCUACCUGUUUACUAUCACAAAGGGCGUUUUGAAUUGGCACCAAUUUCUGGAAGGCCCCGAGGGUGUUGAAAAUGCUCGGUUUGGUUCAGCGAUUGCAGCUCUUUCAGACAUCAAUAUGGAUGGCUUUAAUGAUGUGAUCGUUGGUUCACCUUUGGAAAAUCAGAACUCUGGAGCUGUGUACAUCUACAAUGGUCAUGAGGGCACCAUUCGCCUGAGGUAUUCCCAGAAAAUCUUGGGGUCUGAUGGAGCCUUCAGGAGCCACCUCCAGUACUUUGGGAGAUCCCUGGAUGGCUAUGGAGAUUUAAAUGGGGAUUCCAUCACUGAUGUGUCUGUUGGUGCCUUUGGCCAGGUCAUUCUGCUCUGGUCACAGAGUAUUGCUGAUGUAUCUGUAGUUGCUUCAUUCACACCAGAAAAAAUCACUUUGCUCAACAAGAAUGCUGAGAUAAACCUUAAACUCUGUUUCAGUGCCAAGUUUAGACCUGCUAAGCAAAACAAUCAAGUGGCCAUUGUAUAUAACAUCACAAUUGAUGCAGACCAAUAUUCAUCCAGAGUAACCUCCAGGGGAUUAUUUAAAGAAAAUAAUGAAAGGUGCUUGCAGAAGACCACGAUAGUAAGUCAAGCACAGAGUUGCUCUGAGUACAUCAUCCACAUACAGGAGCCCUCUGAUGUUGUCAGCUCUCUGGAUCUGUGUGUGAACAUCAGUCUGGAAAACCCUGGCACUAACCCUGCCCUCGAAGCCUACUCUGAGACAGUCAAGGUCUUCAGUAUCCCUUUCUAUAAAGAUUGUGGUGACGAUGGAGUCUGCAUCUCUGAUCUAGUUCUAGAUGUUCAACAGCUGCCAGCAGCUCAACAACAGCCCUUCAUUGUCAGCAACCAAAACAAAAGGUUAACAUUUUCAGUAACACUGAAAAACAAAAAGGAAAGUGCAUACAACAGUGGGAUUGUUGUUGAUUUUUCAGAAAAUCUGUUUUUUGCUUCCUGGUCCAUGCCGGUUGAUGGGACAGAAGUGACAUGCCAGAUUGCUUCAUCUCAGAAGUCUGUUACCUGCAGUGUGAGCUACCCUGCUUUAAAAAGGGAACAACAGGUGACUUUCACUAUUAACUUCGACUUCAAUCUUCAAAACCUUCAGAAUCAGGCCUCUGUCAGUUUCCAAGCCUUAAGUGAAAGCUACGAGGAAAACAAGGCAGAUAAUUCAGUCAACUUCAAACUCUCUCUGCUGUAUGAUGCCGAAAUUCACAUAACAAGAUCUACCAACAUAAAUUUUUAUGAAGUCUUCUCGGAUGGGAAUAUUCCUUCUAUUGUGAACAAUUUUGAAGAUAUUGGUCCAAAAUUCAUCUUCUCCAUUAAGGUAACAACAGGAAGUGUUCCUGUCAGCAUGGCAUCUGUAAUCAUCCAUAUCCCUCAAUACACCAAAGGCAAGAACCCGCUGAUGUACCUGACUGGGGUGCACACGGACCAGGCUGGUGACAUCAGUUGCAAAGCCGAAAUAAAUCCACUGAAAAUAGGACAAACAUCUUCUUCUGUAUCUUUCAAGAAUGAAAAUUUCCGUCAUGUAAAAGAAUUGAACUGCAGAACCGCUUCAUGUAGUAACGUCACCUGCUGGCUGAAAGACCUUCAGGUGAAAGGAGAAUACUUCCUUAAUGUGUCUACCAGAAUUUGGAACGGGACUUUUGCAGUAUCGACUUUUCAGACAGUACAGCUGACAGCAGCGGCAGAAAUCGACACCUAUAACCCUCAGAUAUAUGUGAUCGAAGAAAACACCGUCACGAUUCCCAUUACCAUAAUGAAACCCCACGAGAAAGGUGAAGUACCAACCGGAGUUAUAGUAGGAAGUGCAAUCGCUGGAAUCCUUUUGCUAUUAGCUCUGGUUGCAAUUUUAUGGAAGCUUGGAUUCUUCAAAAGAAAAUAUGAAAAAAUGGCCAAAAAUCCGGAUGAAAUUGAUGAGACCACAGAACUCAACAGCUGAAUCACCCAGCAGUUCCCACUGCAGUGGGAAGGGGCAGUAUCUCAGCCAGGGUUUACUACUCGCACGAACGGAUUUCUUAAAAAUCCCAGUGCAACUUAAUAAUGUAAUAGCUAAACUAGAACUGCAGGUCAGUUUGGAAAGAAACUGUGAGGGAUUUGGGAGGGCAGGAGUAUAAAGGGUAAAAGACUAUUUUAUGUUGGGGGAAAAGUGAUCUUUACGUUGGCUGGUCCACAGUUUACAGGAAAUGCUUCCAAACAGGAGAACUCUUAAAGAAAAAUAUAACCUUUCUCAAAAUUUUUUUGGGGGAAAAACCCAAUCAUUUAAAAUAUGAUUGAUUGUUUUUAAACAACAAAAGUGGAAGUACUCGGUAUAGGUAUAUAAUUAGCUUGGAUAUAUUGAUGCUGAUGGGCAGAAAAAACAACACAGGUCUUCAACUUAACGCUGCUCAUCCAAAGUUGCCACAGAGGAUAUUUUCAGUGAUAAUUUUGUUUAUACACUAGGUAAAAUUUGCUGUUGUCAGCCCACAGCUGCUUCCUUAGAGUCCCUUUCUUGCGAUGAUGUACUUAUCAAAACAUGCUUGCUGACUGGUAGAGCCUCCUGCAGAGGAAAUCUCCAUUUCACUGGGGGAGGGUUAGGGGCCGAAACGAUUUAGUGGCCAAAGCACAAACUUUUGUUUAAAAUCUGUAACAUCAUUUAUGGUAAAAACUUGUCUGCUGGAGGCCCCGCCUGGAAGAAGGAGGAAAUUUUUCUCCUUUAGGAUGCAUAACUGGCUGACCUGACUGGCUGGCUGGCAGGGGACCUUGUGAAUUUUUGAAAGAUGAGUAAUUUCUUUGGAAUCCUUCCUCCUUCCAAAAUGAACCUCUCCCACCUCCUGGUGCCCCCAUAUUCUCCAUGCCUGCUGCUGCCCGCCUUCCUCUCCAGGAGUCCAGAGUUUUCCACCCUCCUGUAACCCCUUGUCCAAAUCUCCCAUUCCCAGGGCAGCUGCUCUUCUCCAGGUGUGAGAAGGAAGUCAUCUGUUUCACUUCCACACUUGUGUGAAUUACUGUAUAAUCCCCUUAACUUCAGGGAGCUAUUUUCAUUUAUUGCUAAAUAUGCAAGAAAAGCCCAAGUGGAUUUCUAAUUGUUGAGAUUUCAGGCAGGGUAAACAAGGUAAAGUAUAAACAUCUCAGGAAUUUUCAAGAAGUUACAAGGAGACAUUAGAAACCACCAAAUCAGCAUGUGCACCUGCUGUGCUUGUCUGUUUCUGGAGGACUUACUUACACUUCCAGAAGAAGGACUUUCACCUGGGAGUUUGCUCACCAGGUAGAGUCUCACGCCCCAAUUCCUGAGAGUCUUAUUUAGUCGUCAGAUCCGGAUGAAGCCUGGUGACCUGUAUUUUACAAGCAUUCCGGUCCUUAUGAUGUAAAUGGGCCACUGUGAGGACCACCACCCAUUUCUCCUUCUGCACCUUCUUUUCUCUACUUCUGCGCCCACCUAUCCUCUAGGAGGGACCGGGAGAAAAGGGGCAGAGCUGAAGGCCGUGGGGACUAUUUUAUGUCAGAAAGUACAUACCCAAAGUUUCAGAUAGACAAGUCACUUAGCCUCUGUAAACUUCAGUGUCCUUGUUAUAAAAUGGGGAGACUGGGGCGGAGUUCAGCAGCGACGCUUUUAACUUUAAAAACCUAUCUGGGUUUCUUACAACACAAAUAGACAGACAAUCCUCCAAGAAUCUGACACUGAAAAGAAUUCGGAGGAAAACAGAUAUUUGCCCACGUGUGCCUGUGACGGCAGUGCAGGGCUGUCUGCACAGUUACAGAAUUUAUUUUGCAUCUGACAAAACAAACAGGGGAAAAAAAAACAAUUAGAAAUAAAACAUCAGGGGUUUACAGCAAAAACAGCAUGGUAUUCUCUAGUUACAUGUGCUAGAGCCCAAUUCUUUUAACAGCUGGAUUCAAACACUGUUUCAUUCCAAGAAAAAUUGUUUUAAAAAAAGAGUGGAGGGGAAACUGGUCAUUACGUUGAUAAAGACUAUUUAAAAAACUGGGUAACUGCUGUAUAUAUUUACUAGUUUUCUGAUGUAAUAUACUGAGAACAAUGGAAGUCAUCCUUUUAUUUUACUCUGCCUCCCCUUCCUUAGAUGAUAAAACACUAAUCUGAGGUCACAUACUCACAGUGAGCUUGCGAGCUCUGGCAAGCCUUGCCUUGGAUGUGCCGCCCUGACGGCACUGUGUCCAUGAAGGAGUUGGAUUACUAUAAACUAAAAAAUUAGCCAUUUGUCUCUGCACCAUUUAUCACACUGGGGCAGGGUUUCUCAGCCUGGGCACUGCUGACAUUUGGAGCCAGGUAAUUCUUUCUUGCGGGGGCCUGACCUGUGCAUUGUGGGAUGUUGAGCAGCAGCCCUGGCCUCUGGCUAUGGCCUCUACCUACGAAUACCAGACGCUCCCUCUCCCCCUCAUCGUGGUGAUCAAAAAAUGUCUCCAGACAUUGGCUAACGCCUCCUGGAAGGCAAAAAUCACCCCGACUGAGAACCACUGCACUAAGCAAGUGGCCUAAAUAUACAACUUCUGUUACCAGAUCACAGAUUUGAGGCAGAGGCUCUAGUGAGGAGUAUUUCUCAAGCACUUUUAAGCAAAGGUUGAGUAUUCAUCCAAGAAAUUAAAAAAGUAUUUGAGAAAAAAAGCUCUGUAUUCCUAUUCAGCCAUACUUUUAUUUUAAAAGUAAGUAGAAUAUGGGGCUUAAAAGAUGUCAUCUUCAAAGUUUCCAUUUCAUAAAUGGUGUAUAGACAAUAUGUAUAGAAUGUGAUAAGAAUUGAGUUGCUUCAUGCCUUGUGUGCUUCAUGCCACACAAGCCUUACAAAAUAGUAAAGUAAAACAGUCUGUGAAAAAAUUGCAUUGAGAUUUGAAUUUGUGCAUUGUGCAUUUUAGCAGCAAAAUGAGAACCGGACAGAUUCCUAGCUGGCUGUGCUAUUUUUAUAAAAUAGUAAAAGUUAUUAACUGUGAAAAGAAAACUAAAACCAAUUUAUCAUAAUCACACAAGUGAUUAUACUACAAGUUAUUAUAGAAGGUAUAAUUUUAUAAUGUAUCUAUUCUGAUAUACAGCUAUAACAUAAUAUGACAGUCCCAUAAAUUAAGCCAUCAUUAAGCAGAAAGCAUUAAACAGGAUUCCUCAAACUGAGCUCCCUGGUCCAUCAUUAAUACAAUUUGCACACAGAAAAUAAUUAUAUACACAGCUCUUAGGACUAUGCCCUCAUUAACGCAUACUCAUUUCAAUCAAUUGGAAAGACUAGACCUCUAGAGGUAAAAGGUAUACAUGGGGGUAAAGUUUGAAACAAAAAUGUUAACUAUUUCUUUGAACCUUAAAGAAUGAAAAUGUAGCCAUUAUGUAAAUAUAAAAAGCUGGUUUCAUUCGUACCUGAUUUAGUUUGGCAGAUAAAGUCAAAAUGUAAAUGUAUAUAUUGCACAACUAUGUUAAAUUGUAUAUUUUUUUAAAGACAAAUUGUCUAGGAUAGUUUCCUUCACACAUAAUGUAUAAAUCUUUGUUAAGUAUAUUUGCUUUUUUGAUAAACUGGUUUUUGUCUUUUUUUCUCUCCACCAAAAAUAUAAAAAUGAAUAUGCAUGUUUGUAUAUGAAGUUUCACAAUUCGUUUGAUUUUUGAGAAGCAAAAGAUCAAAUUGGAGCAGUCAUCAACAUAAACUAGUUAAGAGCUUUUCUCCUAUUAAAGUAUGAGAAUCAAACAGAAAAGUAUUAUUUAAUUGUAAACCCCUCUUUAAAUACCACAUUACUGAAUACAAUUAAAAUCAUUUUGAAAAUAAAGCUAUUUACUUUGGAAUUUGAAUUUUACGACAACGUAUUUCACUGUAUUUAUCUCAUGCACUCACUGUGCUUCAGAACACAUUCAAAACUCAGCAGAAGAAGAGUGAGGACGUACCUAACCUCUUACGUUAGUAGCAGUGGCCACAAGGAUGCCUUUGCAGGAACCUUAAACUGCCUUCAUAGCUUAGAGACUAGGUGUAAAGCCUUGCUCCGCACAAUGUGGUCGACGGGUAGGCAGCGCCGCAUCACCUGGAGGCUGUUACAAAAUGCAGAUCUCAGGUGCCACACAGAACUGAAUUCCAACUGGAAGUUUAACAAGAUCACCAGAUGAUUCAUAUUAUGUUAAAGCUUGAGAAGCACUACUCUAAAGCACAACUUACCUCUAGAUAUAAAUAUGUGCUUGAUAUAGAAAAAAUAAAAUCGGUCAAACCGCUGCAGCCUAUAUGAGUAGUCAUCUGCAUAGUGUUUUUAAAAAUUUUAAUAGUAAGCAAGAGGGUUUACAUUGUAAGGAUUAAAUAUGCUGAAAUGAACGUGCUGAAAUUAUAAAACAAGAUACAUAUCAGGCUCAUAGACUGGCCCUCAUUCUAUAGCUGGCGCAUCAAUGCAAAGGUUGCUGGGUGUGUGUUGCCUUUCACACCUAUGCACAAACAUCUCCAGUUCCUACCAGGUGAACCUCCACGUGCCUUCCUCAAUUUGGCCCAUCUCAAUUCUGGUGAAGCACAUCAUAAGGGCAGCUGAUUGCAGAACCACUACCAGUAAGCGUAUCUGGUAUGCUUUGUACAUUAAAAUACAACUUUGGAGAAAAAGAACAUUCAUUUUUCUUUGGAUUGUCACAGAGUAGGUUAAAGACCUGUAUCAAAUCUACCAUUCUGUCCCAAAUCGGAAAAGUUUUAUAUUUAUGUAUUUUUAAAAAGUAAUUCCUUUUAUUCAUUCUAUAUCACCUUUUAAAAACUACAUAGAACAUUUUAAAAAAUUUCCUCAUCCUAUCAUAACCCUUUAAUAUUUUAAACUAAGAUACCAAUUAAAGAUUGUAAAUAAUCUUAUUCAAAAAGAGGGACUGAUUUUCAUCUUAGGACCACUCCAACCUAACUAAAAGAAAAAGGCUACUAACUAAACUGAACUUCUUGAUUCUGUGCAAAAUAAAAGUAAAAAGCUAACUCAAGUUGUUCUUACUAUAGCCCUAGCUCUACUGCCCUCUGCUGGGUGAGCUACCUAACUACACCACACAAAUCGUUACUGCCUUAAGAGAGGCCUUUACUACAACUAGGUGCUCAGGAACUAUGUAGGAGAGACAUUGCAGGAUGGGAGUGAGGAAGAGAGUGCAGAAGAAAAGCUGCACCUAUCCACUCAUUCAUCUAGCCAGAUACUUUUACGCAUCUGUAAGCACUACAACUACACAUCGUGUCACGUGUGUUUAAUUUGGGGGCACAAUACUUAACACCGACAGAACUUCUGAGCACUCUUGAGUGCAUGUCAUGGUUAGACACUGUGGUGACAGAGACAAAAAAUUCCUGGCCUCAGGAAGCUGACAGUCUAGUGAUGGAGAUAAAACGAACAGAUGCAGUACAUGAGGUAGUGGUUAAGUGCCACUGCAAGAUAUUAAGUAGAGCAAGGGAAGGGAACAGGAAUCCAGUUUUAAAUAGGGUAAUCAGAGAAGGCUCUCUGAGGAGGUGACAUUUAAUUAGGGAGGAAGUGAGGAAAUAAAGUGAGGAAGCAAACUAUAGGAAUUCCUGGAGGAAGGGCAUUCUAGACAAAGAGACCGGCAAGGACUCUUAGGGAGAAUAAGCCUGCCACAAAGCACCAUAGCAAAGCAGGGAGCCUGGUGCAGGAGAGGAGGUGAGAGGGGGAAGCAGGAGCCCGAUCAUGUAGGCUGUAGGUCACGGUGAGAACGCUGAAGUUCCAGGACGUGAUUACCUAUCAGAAGGUUCAAGUAGGAUGACCAAGUGACCUAAGUGGGAGAAGGAAGGGGGGACUGUCACCAGGCCACAGCAACAGUCCAGGAGAAAUGGAGUGGUGGCUUGGAUGACAAAUGUAGCAGCAGAAAAAAAGAAAUGAGUGGAUUCAAAAGAUAUCCAGGAGUUGUUUUCUAAGAUUCAAACUUCUGGCUCCUUAAUCACUAUUUCUCAAAACAUGCUGAAAAUACAGUGGCUCAACAUCAUAUCUAAAGGACAAAAAUAUCCACAAAAUCACAAAACACUUCAUUUGUUGACCAUCCGCUAUUACUUUCAUUCAAAGAUAAAAUUCUUUAAAUUUUGCUACCUGUUAAAAAACUUGAAACACGAGUAAUCUGAGUUUCCUACUUCUUGGGUGAAUUUACAUAGGCUGUCAUACAAAGCCACAGUUCCAAAGCGACUUUAAACAUUACAAUCCACUUAAAGGCCGAUUUUUUUAGGUUACUCUUCUAAUUAGUUAAGCAACUAAGUUACGGGUAUAGAAAGGCUGUGUCAAAGUGAUGCUAGCCCCUUAUUACCUCACCACCAAUUAACACUGCCACACCUAAGAAACUGGGGAUCAAAGACCCUAUUUAAAUCCAGUGCAAUGCACUAAAAACUGUCAGGGAUGUUCCAUCCCAAUUUUAGUGUGCCCCAGAUUAACCCCUUAACCUCUGUACUGGAGACUUAAAAGCAUAAUAGUCUGUGUUCCUGACUUAGAACAAAACCUACUCAAAAUUAAGACAUGAUUCUUUAAUAAAACAUGCUUAGAGAAUACUUUAUGUUCUUUAAAUAUUUAAUUACCAUCAAUAAAGAUCCUCUAAAGAAAUAUUUGAGUAGAAAAAUCCUGAAAUCCACAUAUACCUCAUACGGACAUAUAUGACAUAAUAAACAACAUAUGAACAACAUGGGUGCAAAAUCCCGGGAAUAUCUGGUGGCCCAGUAAUCUCAUGAUACUGUGCUUUCACACAGAAUGUAACUGACUCUUGUCCAACCACCAGCCCCUGUUCUCAAAUAGGAGCAGGACAAAGUCUGGUGGGAGGGAGGCAGGCAAUGAAUUCAGAGAGGGUAAGGUUGAGACCAGACAGGCAACCCCAUCUCGGUAAGGGAACAGUUGGUGGAGGAUUUGUCAGCCUUCCCAGGAUUCUUCUGGUCCAAUCUCUGAAUAGGUGAAGGAAUAAACACCAAAUAAGCAGGAGAUUCCUAAUGUCCAUAUGGCUGUUCCAUAGGUCCCAGCCAAAGACAGGAUACAGGAUAUUCCCCAUGGUAUCUAAUAUUGGCAGACAAAGACCACUGGUGGGUGCCUGGCACAGAACAGGCAUUCAGUAUUUGUUGAAUAAAUGAAUUCCUUAGGUAAAAAAUGCUUUGCUAGAUGUAACUAGUGAUAUUACUGAA